AUGACAUUCCAAACGUUUUUACCAAACACUGCUUCGGAAUUUACCCUCGACGCAAUGCUGGCCCGACAACCUCAGUUUUUUCCUACCAUUGCGUUAACUUCCCACAGGUCUCUUCACUUGCCCGUUGCGCAAAGGCAUCCCAUGCUGGAUCCGGCCAAUGCUGAAACGAUCCUCCGCAAAGCCUCGCUGGAACAGCAUGCUGCAACCCAGUCUGCCAAGCUCAGGACUCCUAAAACGCUGGAGACCGAAGCCAACGAGGAUGAUCCAAAAGUUAACUUGGAGGCGAGGGACCUUUGGACACAAUUCCACAAAUUCGGCACUGAAAUGGUCAUAACAAAAUCAGGAAGGUAAAUGUUAUAAAAUAUCAUAAAUAACCAUAGCCUAUAAAGUUAUUCGUUUUUAUUCUAUACGUCUGUGAUUUAGAAUCGAUAUGUUUUACCUUUUCUCCAGGCGCAUGUUUCCACCGUUCAAAGCAAGAUGUACUGGCUUGAACCAAAAGGCAAAAUAUAUUUUGCUGAUGGACAUUGUGGCAGCCGACGACUUCAGGUACAAGUUUCACAACUCCGGCUGGAUGGUGUCAGGAAAGGCAGAUCCUGAAAUGCCUAAAAGGAUGUACAUACACCCAGACAGUCCCGCUUCUGGCGAGCAAUGGAUGUCAAAAGUGGUCAAUUUUCACAAACUAAAAUUGACAAACAACAUCUCGGACAAGCAUGGGUUUGUAAGUUCCAAAAAUACUAGUGUUAAUAAUGUAGGCUAUUUACAGUGCAGUUUGACUCAUCUAAUGUAUUUUCAUAUUGCAAUAUAACUGAAAGACUAGUUUUUCUUAAACUGCGUAAAGUUCGAGUUGAUGACUAGGCCUAAUUUAUUAUUUAAAAUGUAUGUUGUCUCCAAUUACAGACGAUUCUUAACUCCAUGCACAAAUACCAGCCCAGGUUUCACGUUGUGAGGGCCAACGAUAUCCUCAAACUACCUUAUAGCACGUUCAAGACCUAUGUCUUUUCUGAGACCGAAUUCAUUGCUGUAACUGCAUAUCAAAACGAUAAGGUAGGCCCUUCAUAAUUUCAUAAAGCAAGUUUCAGAAUAACAAUGUAUUUUUCGUAUUGGUAACACUCUGGAAAAUAUAAAUUAUAUAUACAGUACCAGUCAAAAGUUUGGACACACCUACUCAUUCAAGGGUUUUUCUUUAUUUUUACUAAUUUCUACAUUGUAGAAUAAUAGUGAAGACAUCAAAACUAUGAAAUAACACAUAUGGAAUCAUGUAGUAACCAAAAAAGUGUUAAGCAAAUUAAAAUAUACUUUAUAUUCUUCAAAGUAACCACCCUUUGCCUCGAUGACAGCUUUGCACACUCUUGGCAUUCUCUCAACCAGCUUCACCUGGAAUGCUUUUCCAACAGUCUUGAAGGAGUUCCCACAUAUGCUUAGCACUUGUUGGCUGCUUUUCCUUCACCCUGCGACUCAUCCUAAACCAUCUCAAUUGGGUUGAGGUCGGGUGAUUGUGGAGGCCAGGUCAUCUGAUGCAGCAAUCCAUCACUCUCCUUCUUGGUCAAAUGGCACUUACACAGCCUGGAGGUGUGUUGGGUCAUUAUCCUGUUGAAAAACAAAAGAGAUUCCCACUAAGCGCAAACCAGAUGGGAUGGCGUAUCACUGCAGAAUGCUGUGGUAGCCAUGCUGGUUAAGUGUGCCUUGAAUUCUAAAUAAAUCACUGACAGUGUCAGCACCCCCACACCAUCACACCUCCCCCUUCAUGCUUCACGGUGGGAACCACACAUGCAGAGAUCAUCCGUUCACCUACUCUGCAUCUCACAAAGACACGGCGGUUGGAACCAAAAAUCUCAAAUUUGGACCAAAGGACAGAUUUCCACUGGUCGAAUGUCCAUUGAUUGUGUUUCUUGGCCCAAGCAAGUCUCUUCUUCUUAUUGGUGUCCUUUAGUAGUGGCUUCUUUGCAGCAAUUCGACCAUGAAGGCCUGAUUCACGCAGUCUCCUCUGAACAGUUGAUUUUGAGAUGUGUCUGUUACUUGAACUCUGUGAAGCAUUUAUUUGGGCUGCAAUCUGAGCUGCAGUUAACUCUAAUGAACUUAUCCUCUACAGCAAAACUCUGGGUCUUCCAUUCCUGUGGCGGUCCUCAUGAGAGCCAGUUUCAUCAUAGCGCUUGAUGAUUUUUGCGACUGCACUUGAAGAAACUUUCAAAGUUCUGGACUGUAAUUUCUCUUUGCUUAUUUGAGCUUUUUCUUGCCAUAAUAUGGACUUGGUCUUUUACCAAAUAGGGCUAUCUUCUGUAUACCAAGCCUACCUUGUCACAACACAACUGAUUGGCUCAAACGCAUUAAGAAGGGAAGAAAUUCCACAAAUUAACUUUUAACAAGGCACACCUGUUAAUUGUAAUGCAUUCCAGGUGACUACCUCAUGAAGCUGGUUGAGAGAAUGCAAAGAGUGUGCAAAGCUGUCAUCAAGGCAAACGGUGGCUACUUUAAAGAAUGUUAAAUAUAUUUUGAUUUGUUUAACACUUUUUUGGUUACUAAAUGAUUCCAUAUGUGUUAUUUCAUAGUUUUGAUAUCUUCACUAUUAUUCUACAAUGUAGAAAAUAGUAAAAAUAAAGAAAAAUCCUUAAAUGAAUAGGUGUGUCCAAACUUUUGACUGGUACUAUAUAUUGCAUAAAGAGUUUAUAGAUGAUGAUGAACAAUUAUUGUAUUGAUAUAGACUUAAAUCCAGGUCUAAAUGAAUUACUGACAUAUAGUCAUAGCUAUACUCUAUAGCAUAUUAUGCCCAAGGCUCAAUAUUUGGCAAGUAAUGAAAUGUUGAUGUUUGUGUUUUCAAAUAUUUUGUUCUAAUGUGCAAUGUAUUUGCACAACGUUUAUUAACUGCUUAUAAACCAUUUACAAACUUCUUGGGAACAAAUAUUGUGUUUGAAUCUCCUGCCUUAUCACUAGCCUAUAGCCUAUGAGACUGAUUAUUAGUGUUAAAAUGUAGUUACUGGUCUAAUGUUUAGAAACAUUACCGUCUUUAACAGUGAUUUCUAUUUUCAGAUUACACAACUGAAAAUUGAUAACAAUCCUUUCGCAAAAGGAUUCCGUGACACUGGCAAUGGUAGAAGAGAAAAAAAGUGAGACAAAAAACGACAAAUGUAAAUCAAUAUACUAAAUACUUGUAAAACUCUUAAUUGUCAAUAGGCCUACUAAAAUGUUCUUUUUUUAUUAGGAAACAAUUGGGGAUAAAUACACAAAAGUUCAGUGAAACCUCUGGUGACUCUUUGGAUGAGGCUCCACUGAGAGGCGCAGGAAACGCAAAAUCAACCGGUGAGUUUGUAUGAUAACGAAAUUAAUACAUUUGUAGCCUUCGUACCAUAAUAUAUUGUAAUGGUAAAAUGUUUAGCCUCAGCUUGUUCUCAGUUUACAAACAACAUUGUAUUUUAACCAAAUCAUGUUAGAGGGCUGCGAAAGUGACAACGAAAGCGGUCAAGAAAGCAAAAAUGGGCAUAAUGUUGGACAAGACUUGCGAAAAAUUUCAACCACCACCGAGGAACUGAAACCUGAGCCAAAUGUUACCACAGUCCACGACAAAGCGGACAGGGCUUCAACGGACUCACUCAGGACCGAAACAGACUCGGAGGAUCCAAAACAGGACCAUAUAAAUUCCAUAACUGGCGGUAUGACAAGUUGCUUUGGAGCAGAGGAUCCGAGGGCAAGAGGGCACUUCCAGCCUAUAACCGUGGAAACGGACCAAAGCGCUCACAUCGCAGGCUUAGGACGCAACAGUUUUUCACACUGCUAUUCUUAUCCCCCGGAUUGGACAAGAUAUAUUCUCAACCCCUUGGGUGUCGCUCACCGUCUCCUACACAAUGCCCAAGUCAACAUGCAGGGAGCACCUUUAUCCAGUGAAGCAGCGACAGCAAUGGGGCACAUGCUGGCGGCUGUGUCAUCUGGCGGAGUGUGCACCAUGGGCACGGCUGGUAUCCCAGUAUCUUCUGUACAAGGAGUGUCAGGAACGUCAGGAUUACCCUUGAACUUUCAGCAGCAUGCUAUGGCAUCGCAGGUAUGCCUAUCAUCUAUUAAUUCAGCAACAAUACUCACUCAAUAGGCGGCCUUUAAGCCUAUGACGUCGUAUAUUAAAUAAUUAGGCUAAUUUAAGUCCUUAAUUAUUAAAAUAGCAGCAAACUUUGCAGCCCUAACCGCUCUUUCUUUGUUUCCCAUAUAGGGUCUCACGGUUUCUCCAUUUGGUGGUAUUUUCCCCUAUCCCUACUCCUAUUUGGCCGCAACGGCUGCUCUCUCCACCAAAGCAUCAACCCCAGUGCGCCUUCGUACCCGGUUCAAACCCUACUCCAUUCCCAAUAGCGCACCAGACAACUGUUCGACGCCCCCGACAUCUAUUCAUCUUACGACUGAUAGAGACGUGAAUUGUCACAGCAUUGCAAAUAGUCCUAUUGCUGCUCCAUUGGACUGUAGGCCUAUGUCAGAGGUAAACAGCGAUUCCUCGCCACAGGGUUCUCGUGCGCCAGCGGCAAAACGCGUAUCCAGCAAAGAUUGCAUGGAUCAGCUUCAAUGUAUGCAACAGUUGGUCAGCGGUAUAGACUCCUAUCAAGACAGAGAGUCAUAUUCCUAG